CAACUACAGUGAAUCGGUAGCCCUCUAUUUCAGGCCCGUCGUGCAAUGAUAACUCCCACGGCUUGGGCAAUGCAACCGUAAGGGGAACGCAUUGGCCGUCAUGGACUACAUGCCUCUCCCAAAGAGCGGCCGCCUUUGGAAGUCCAAGGCCGACUUCUUUCGCCCUUUUAGAGCAGCCGCAUCUGGAUCUGGCCAGAAUAUCACUCCGUUGUAUGACCCGUUACAACGCCGCGUCGCCGACGACGAGCCGAAGCUGAAGGAAUUGAACGCCUCACUGGCCGUAUUGGUUGAAGUGUUUCCGGACGUCGAACCUGAAGUCUUUCGAGAGAUGCUCUUGAAUGUUAGUGAAGAGAGCAGGCUGGAGCUGGUUGUCGAAGCGAUGCGUAAGAAGAAAGCGGAGCAUGUGCGUGGUCUGCACCGAAGGAAGACGAAACCCACGACCACGCCGAAAGCCGUGAACCCUGGCCAGCCUCUCUCUGCUUCAUCCCUGGAGCUACUUAUUGAGGACACCUUCCGAAGUGAGACCUACAUAAAAGCCGUCAGGCAAGUUCUCUACGAAGAGUUUCCGCGCCUCAGCCACUCGUCCAUCAAAGCGGUCAUGGCCGAGCAGAACCACUCUUACACCCUCUCACGCUCAACUCUCCAACACUUGUCUAGCCGAGCAUGGCGUUUGUCCUUCCCUCAGCUCUGGCGAUCUCGCUCUACCUCACGACCUGUGGCUGAGCAUCCAUUCGUAUUUAUGCAUCCCAAUGGACAGCUCGCCGUAAAGCGGACAGGAAGUGAGCAGCUUGACCGGGAGUUAUACGACCUUCUCAUAGCGCCUGCGAUCGCCAAGCAGCGCCGCGAGCAACUUGAACAGGACACAAUAGUCGCCACAAAGCUAAACCAAGAGGAGGCCGAAAAGGCGCAAGCACUGUUCGACUGCGAGUGCUGCUUCGAUUCCGUUCCAUUUGAAGAGCUCGCCGUUUGCACUGACGGUUGCCAUCAGUUGUGCUUUGAGUGCGUCCGGCGCACGGUCAACGAAGCACUCUACGGCCAAGGCUGGGCUCGCACUGUCGAUCUGGAGAGGAGUAGCGUGCGUUGUUUCGCGCCUACAGCACGUGAGGAGUGUCACGGUCCGGUGCCUGCAGAUAUCGUGCGUCGCGCGUUGAUCAGCAGUAGGGGAGACGAAGAUACGUGGAAUAAAUUCCAAGCCCGCGCAGCAAACGAUAUCCUUGUCAAAAGCCGGCUACCACUCCAACGCUGCCCAUCUUGCAACUACGCCGAGAUCGACGAGAUACCUCCUUUCAAAUGCCGCAGAGCGUUAGAGAUCUGGCAGCACAUCGCCACCCGCUCCCCGGCCGCUUUACAAAUCAUGCUCCUCUCCCUGACCGCAGGACUUGUCCUCUUCACCAUCCCCAUCAUCGCCUUUCUCGCUAGUAUCUGGCUUACAUCCAUCAUCUACUCACCCAUCACCAACAUCCUCAGAGCCUCUCACACCCGCAUCCACCAGUCCCGCCGCGGGCUCAAAUUCAUCUGCCUCUCUCCCACCUGCCUCACGAUAACCUGCACGCGCUGUCUCCACCCCUGGACUGACCCACACACCUGCUUCUCCUCCUCCGCUUCCACCACCCUUACAACCCUCCGUACGACCCUUGAAGCCUCCGCCACAGCUGCAAUCAAACGCACCUGCCCACGCUGCCAACUCAGCUUCAUCAAAUCCUCCGGCUGCAACAAACUCGUGUGCAACUGCGGCUACACCAUGUGCUAUGUCUGUCGGUCCGAAAUCCCCAGUCGCGAAGGAUACGGGCACUUUUGUCAGCAUUUUCGGCCGAAUGGCGGCAGGUGUGGGGAGUGUGAGAAAUGUGAAUUGUAUGGGGAUGAGGAUGAGGCGGGGGUGAUCCGGCGAGCGGUGGAACAGGCGGAGGAGGAAUGGAGGGUGCGGAAGGGCGAGGGGGUGGAGGGAACCGGUGGCAAUGACAGGGCUAGAAAGGCGAUGGUUGAGGCGUUAGUUGGUAAAGGGAGGGAGCGGAAAGUGUGGUGGGAGAGUUGGCUCGAUGGGGCCGUUGAUGCUGUCGCUGGUUGAACGUUGUGUGCGUGUGUCCGAAACUUGCUGAAUUCUUUGGUAACAAGGGUGGUCGAGACGGAGACUGCUACAUCCUACCUUCCCCAGACCUACAUGUGUCAAACCUCUUAGCGCACGGACAGACAACAUGAAGUUCACGACUCAAAGAACUGGUGAGAAACGUGCAGUCAACCCGUGUUGCAAUGUCGAGCCGGAAUCUGGCGCGUUGAGCUUCUCACAAC